AUGGGCUCGGCCGGGCUCGUGGCCGUGCUCGGGCUGGCCGCGCUGCUCCCCGCGGGCGCGGAGCCCUGCGCAGCGCUGCGCCCCGACAGCUCCGCGGCCGCCCAGCUGCCGGGGACGUGGCUGUACGUGGCAGGGGCUGCCCAGUUCCCCCAGCACCGCGUGGAGAUGCUGCUCAUCGACCAUGCCUUCCUGCGCUUGGAGCCGGGUGCCAGCGGGCAGCAGCUGCUCAUCAGCCACUACGUGGCCGUGGGGGACCAGUGUUUUACCAACAACCUGACCUACCUGGAAGUCGCUGCCGGUAACGCCACGCUGGUGAAGCACGCCAAGACCCAGCAGACUGAGGGGAUGCUGAUGAACAUGAGCUCUGAAAACCUUUUACUCAUCCAGUACCAAAUGCAGAGGGAAAGGACGUAUUUGGGGCAGUAUCUCUAUGCCAGGAACCUGAGCAUAAGCACGGCAGAGCGGGAGGAAUUCGAGCAGCACGCGGCGUGCCUGGGGCUGGGGGCAGAGCAGAUCGUGUACGCGCCGUGGAGAACGGAGGUGUGUCGAGUGAAAGCAGCUGAAGGCAGCAACAGCCCCCAGCCAGAGCCCGUGGCUGCAGCCACAGCAUCCCCUGCUGCAGGCACUCCCUGGCCGGGCACUGCAGGGAACUGACCCCAC